CCGGUCGCCGCUUGACGGGGAACUCUGAUAAAUUUUACCAAAAUCAUCGGGUGACACGUGGCUUUGAACAACAUAGCUGCACCUCUCGGCCAGCGAAGGUCUGGUCGAGCGGCUCACCUCGCGUCGUGAUAGCUACCAUACUACUGGAACGACAGAACAUGGCUGUAUCAGAUAAGAUCCUAGGCGGUGGGAUGCUGGCAGUGGCCGCAUUCGUGUUCUCAUACUAUACAACUUGGGCAUUACUUCUGCCAUUCCUCGACUCAGACUCCAUCGCGCACUCUUUCUUCCCCGAUAGGAUAUGGGCUAUACGGCUACCGUUGAUCUUGCUUUUGCUGGGUAUCUCAGGAAUCGGAUUAUUCUUCAGUCGAGUCAUGAUGGCAGAAGCAAGGAAGAGGGCGAGCGCAGGCAAGAAGGUGUAGCGAAAUAUCCAUAGGUAGAAAUUGCGGGGUGACGACAUGACAUGACAUGACGAUAGAUCCUUACAAGGGACGGCGUG